AUGAUAUUUGAAGCUCAUCCCUUCCUCAAGUAUUUUAUCCGCACGCCUACAUAUCAUAGCCUUCACCACACGGACAUGCGAACUAAUUUUUGCCUCUUCAUGCCGAUGUACGAUAAGUUGUGGAAGACAAUGAACACCAAUUCUUGGGACCUUCAUAAAGAAAUAAGUUCAAGAACAACAAGCAGAGUACCGGAAUUCGUGUUCUUAGCACAUGUAGUCGAUGUGAUGUCAGCAUUGCAUGCCCCGUUCGUUUUUCGGACAUUCAACUCGACCCCUUUUGGCAUAAAGCCCUUCUUGUUCCCAAUGUGGCCCUUCACGUACUUAGUCACGCUUCUUAUGUGGGCAAAGUCUAAAACCUUCUUGUUCAGCUUUUACAACCUCAGGGGAAGACUGCACCAAACUUGGGUCGUCCCAAGGCUCGGUUUUCAGUACUUUUUGCCUUUUGCUAAAGAAGGCAUAAACAAUCAAAUAGAAGAUGCUAUCCUUAAAGCAGACAAACUCGGUGUCAAGGUUAUCAGCCUUGCUGCACUAAAUAAGAAUGAAGGCCUCAAUGGAGGAGGAGUUCUGUUUACUAACAAACAUCCGAACCUUAAAGUUCGCGUGGUCCACGGGAACACAUUAACGGCUGCUGUGAUAUUACACGAACUCCCUCGAGAUGUGGACGAGGUUUUCUUGACUGGGGCAACUUCGAAGCUCGGGAGGGCCAUUGCACUUUACCUUGCUCGACGCAAGAUCAGAGUUUUGAUGCUAACUUUAUCCACUGAGAGAUUUAGCAAGAUUCAGAAAGAAGCACCUGUUGACUGCCAACAGUAUUUAGUUCAAGUCACCAAGUAUCAAGCAGGUCAACACUGUAAGACGUGGAUAAUCGGCAAGUGGACGACACCAAGAGAGCAGUACUGGGCACCAUCAGGCACACAUUUCCACCAGUUUGUGGUCCCACCAAUCAUCCCAUUUAGAAGGGACUGCACUUAUGGCAAGUUAGCAGCAAUGAGGCUCCCGGACGAUGUUGAGGGGCUUGGAUCAUGCGAGGUAUAUGCGCCAUAA